AGUAAUUCCUGCUUUGUAACGACUGGCAUGUAGCUCAAAGCUAACGCAGAAGCGAUGGGCUAUCUGGACGACGUCUCGAUUUCGGCGUCGCCCAACACAACGAACGAGUCAACUCAAAUUCCGUCACUAAUCAAGCUGCCCUGGAACGCUCGUCUGGCCGUCUCGGCCGCCUGCGUCGCAAUCUACGCCAUUCUCUUUCUGAUGAUCCUCGCACAGAUCGUCCUCACACUAUACUACCGCUACAAGAAGCUCUCCUAUCGUAUGGCUGUCUUCUCUUUGUGUCUCACAUGGGCUGCUCUUCGUGUCGUCAUGUUUGGCCUCUACUUCGAGCCUGCACUCUGUACGGUCGCCUUUGAUUUGCCUGUGGAGGUCUACUGGCUGCUCUACGCGCUGCCUGUGUGUUUCCAGUUUGCUGCGUUGGCCUUAUUCGCGCUCUAUUUCCUGCAGGUUGUGGUGAAAGCGCGAGCUAGGGAUAUCAUCUGUUUGGUGACACUAAGGACAUCACUAGUUAUUUCGUGGGUGGUUAUCAACGUUACAUUUCUGACUGCCAACACAGUGUGUGCUGUUCUCAGCUACUACCAGUUUAAUGAUCAACGUUUCUCACCCGAUGGCGCGGGAGUUAAUAAUGAAGUAUUCACACAGCCCAAGGAUUCCCCAGAUCUUUACGUCAGAGUGAUGAUCACUGAAGGAUUGUUUCUUGCUGUUGCUAUUGUUAUUAGUGGCUGCAUUGUUAAAAUAGCAAGAAAUCAUUGUCAUCAACUGACUCUGGAAACUCAAGGAAUGUCAGUUUGGCAGUCGAAGCUUGUGGCUUGUGUCUUGGUGUUUCUCUAUGUUACUCGCAUUGCGUACAAUCUUGCAUCACUUGGAGCAAUAAAGCAAGUGAACUCGUUUGGCUACAAUUGGCCAAUUGUAUCCGAUGAAGCAGAGUUUGGUGCCGAUGCUGGGACUGGUUAUGUCAUAUUCUCAAUCGCAUUAACUUUUUGGGAAUUUCUUCCAACUCUGAUGGUGACGUUUUAUUUUCGAGUGAAACGUCCGGUGACGUCACGCGCUAACAACAAAGAAAGCGUAACUGACUCUAACUCAAGGACAACAGAUGCCCGAAGUCCUUUGUUGGUGUCAUAUUUCAAAAAGCCAGACACAAAGACCAUCCCAGUUACUGUGCAAUCUCAAUAUGGUUCAAGGACCACAGCAACACAAGUCGCCCCAUUCUCUUAUCAGUCGUUGACAUCUGGGUAUCAUUCAUCAGGACACAGCUCACUCGGACAUUCUAUCAACACAUGACAAUGACGACCAGUCACACAAGCCACUGAUCUCGUCUUUCUUACACUGAUUGUACAGUACAGCAUACCAGUUUGGAUGUUACACAUGCAAAACGUUGCCUAUUGUUUGCUACUAUUUGUCAGCAGGUUGGCAAGUUAUUUGAGUUGUACAUGCGACAGAUGACGGUCUGAAACUCAAAGUAGAUUUUAUUCUUACUGGUACAUAAUUGGUGGAGUUAUUUUACAAGCAUUAUAAUACGAAAGUGUGUAUAAUUAUACAAUACAACAAGAUUUGA